AUGGGUCACGCCGCUGGUCUUCGUGCAGGCACUCGCUAUGCCUUCUCGCGGGAUUUCCGCAAGAAGGGUAUGAUCCCUCUGUCCACCUACCUGCACCAGUUCAAGGUCGGUGACAUUGUGGACAUCAAGGCCAACGGUGCCGUCCAGAAGGGCAUGCCCCACAAGGUCUACCACGGCAAGACCGGUGUCGUCUACAACGUGACCAAGUCCGCUGUCGGUGUCAUCAUCUACAAGCGGGUCAAGCACCGAUACAUCGAGAAGCGUGUCAACCUCCGCAUCGAGCACGUCCGCCUGUCGCGAUCUCGAGAGGACUUCCUGCGCCGAGUGAAGGAGAACGCCGCCCUCAAGUCCAAGGCCAAGGCCGAGGGCACCACCGUCCAGGUCAAGAGGCAAGCCACCACCCCUCGCGAGGCCCGCACGAUCUCGUACAAGGAGAGCCGACCCGAGACCCUGGCACCUGUCGCCUACGAGACCACCAUCUAG